AGCCGGAGGUAACGAGCAGCACUUGAACGCAGCAUCAGGCUCCAGCUUGCUCACACACGGACACACAAGCAGCCAGCAGCGUGUGUUUGGCCAAACUAAAGUGUGCUGCGGCUGUGUGAACGGUAUUACACACGCGCCAAACAAACUGACAUGGAGGUGAUGUUUCUGGGACCGGACCGCGGUGAGAGAGCCGACCGGAGGAUGUAACGGCAGCUCCAGGGCCGUUGGGACCGCACGAGGAAGACAGAAUACAAAAGGAACCGCCGAGAAGAGGAGGCGAUGGUGGGAAGAGCAGCAGCAGCAGCAGCAGCAGCAGCAGCAGCAGCGGGAGCGGGCUUCACAUAGACCCGAGCUUCAGUUUUCUGAAAUCAUCAUUAACUUUGAAACUGGGCUGUAAAUGCAAGAAAGUCCUCCAGCAUGUCGGAUCCAAGUCACUGGUCUGCGGUGCCAAACCAGAACAAGUCCCAAUUUGUUCCGGGAGCUUUGCUGAAGCGCUCUAAAAGCUGUCGCAGCAGCAACAGGAAGAGCCUCGGUGUCGGGACGCCGUCACCCACACUGUCCCGGCCGCUCUCCCCGCUCUCACUCCACACUGCUGCGAGCAGCCCUCUGGACAGCCCUCGAAAUGUGUCAACCAGUACCUGCCUCAACUUUCCAUUUGCCCGAAGUCACUUGGCUCGUGCCGACAGAGCUGAGGGCCGGAGAUGGUCCCUGGCAUCCCUCCCCUCGUCUGGCUAUGGAACCAACCCGCCGAGCUCCACCGUCUCGUCCUCCUCAUCCUCCCAGGAGCGUCUUCACCAGCUUCCCUACCAGCCGACUCAAGAUGAGCUGCACUUCCUCUUCAAACACUUCCGCAGCACAGACAGCAUGACCGACGAGGAUGGGCGGCCUUCAACGGUCAUACGACCACGUUCUCGGAGCCUCAGCCCCGGGCGAUCCAGCGUCUCCUUUGAUAAUGAGAUUGUCAUGAUGAACCAUGUUUACAGAGAACGUUUUCCAAAGGCCACAGCCCAGAUGGAGGAGCGCUUGUUUGAGAUUAUCACCCACUGCUCUCCAGACAGCUCCCUCCCGUUGGCUGACGGGGUGCUGGGCUUCAUCCAGCACCAGUUGGUCGAGCUGGUUAGAGACUGUCUGGACAAGUCCCAGACAGGCCUGGUUACCUCCCGCUACUUUGCUGAGCUGCAGGAGAAGCUAGAGAAGCUGCUUCACGAGGCAUACGAGCGUUCUGAAAGCGAGGAGGUAUCCGUCAUCAUCCAGCUGGUGAGGAAGAUCCUCAUCAUAAUCUCUCGGCCUGCUCGCCUCCUAGAGUGUCUGGAGUUUGACCCGGAAGAGUUUUAUCACCUACUUGAGGCAGCAGAGGGUCACGCCAAAGUCGGGCAAGGAAUCAAGACGGACAUCCCGCGCUACAUCAUCAGCCAGCUGGGUCUGACACGGAACCCAUUAGAAGACAUGGUACAGCUUGAACAGUAUGAGGCCAAUGCUUCAGUGUCAGUGGAACCAGAUGGUAAUGUGGAGAGUAAAGCCCCACAGAUGCUGACACCGACUCGAAGGAAACCUUUUGAGAGUGAUUUUGAUACUAUCAAACUCAUCAGUAAUGGAGCUUAUGGGGCCGUGUAUCUGGUCCGUCACAAGGAGACCCGCCAACGGUUUGCCAUGAAAAAGAUAAAUCGUCAGAACCUGGUCCUGAGGAACCAGAUCCAGCAGGCUUUUGUGGAGCGAGACAUCCUGACUUUUGCCGAGAACCCCUUUGUUGUCUCCAUGUUCUGCUCUUUUGAGACACGACGUCACCUCUGCAUGGUCAUGGAGUACGUGGAAGGUGGAGAUUGUGCGAACUUGCUCAAGAACAUGGGCCCACUGCCUGUAGAAAUGACAAGGUUGUACUUUGCUGAAACAGUCCUGGCCCUGGAGUACCUUCACAACUAUGGUAUUGUGCAUCGGGAUCUGAAACCUGACAAUUUGUUGAUAACAUCCAUGGGCCACAUCAAGCUGACAGACUUCGGCCUGUCUAAAAUUGGCCUGAUGAACAUGACCACCAACCUGUACGAGGGUCACAUGGAGAAAGACACAAGAGAGUUUAUAGACAAACAGGUGUGUGGCACUCCAGAGUACAUUGCCCCGGAGGUGAUCCUCAGGCAGGGCUAUGGGAAGCCAGUGGACUGGUGGGCGAUGGGGGUCAUCCUAUAUGAAUUCCUGGUCGGCUGUGUUCCGUUCUUUGGUGACACACCCGAAGAGCUUUUUGGACAAGUUGUCAGUGAUGAAAUCAUUUGGCCAGAAGGAGACGAUGCCUUACCUGUUGAUGCCCAGGAUCUGAUCACCCGCUUGCUCAGACAGAGUCCUUUAGACCGACUAGGAACUGGCGGAGCCCCCGAGGUCAAACACCACCCCUUCUUCCUGGGUUUGGACUGGAAUGGACUCCUGAGACAGAAAGCUGAAUUCAUCCCUCAGCUGGAGGCGGAGGACGACACCAGCUACUUUGACACUCGUUCAGAACGUUACCAUCAUUUGGCAUCUGACGAGGAUGAGGAAACUAAUGAUGAAGAGUCUUCCUUGGAAAUCAGACAGUUUUCUUCCUGGUCGCAUCGCUUUAGCAAGGUGUACAGCAGCACAGAACAUCUGGCAACGCCGUCCAACCUCAGCUUCUCCUCCGACCGCAGCCACAGCGAGGACAAGGAGGACCGCGGGGACAUGGGAGGACUCAGCUCCUCCCCGAGCCCAGCAGAGGGCAGACAUGCCAGACGCAUGGCCAGCCUUCGCCCUCGGGCCUCCUCCAGCUCCUCCCAGUCCGAGAGGAGCACCAGUCCUCUGGUGAUGAGCAGCACCCACAGCCUGGAGACGAUGCCCCGCUUUGCCCUCUCCACUGAUGAUGAAGCUGAGGUGGUUGUGUCAAACCUUCAGAGGAUCAGGAUUCGCAGCAACAGCACCGGGGCCAAACACUCGUCCCCCAACGAUCUGGUCGGCCCUCGGCGCUUUGGUAACCAGCUGGAGACGCCGGACAGACAGAGGCUUCCCUGUGGAGGAAAGGUUCCCAAGUCGGCCUCUGUCUCAGCCCUGUCUCUCAUCAUCACUACAGACGACUCGCCCGGCGGCCUCCAGCCCAGUCCCAUCUCCCCACGCUCUUUGUCCUCCAACCCUUCGUCCCGUGACUCCUCCCCCAACCGGGACCUUUCGCUCAGCCCCGGCAGCCUGAAGCCUCCCAUUGUCAUCCACACCUCGGGGAAGAAGUUUGGCUUCACCCUGCAGGCCAUCCGGGUCUACAUGGGCGACAGCGAUGUCUACACGGUGCAUCACAUGGUGUCGAGUGUGGAGGAGGGUAGCCCGGCUCACCAGGCAGGUCUCUGCACUGGAGACCUCAUCACCCACGUGAACGGAGAGUCUGUCCAAGGCCUGGUCCACCCUGAGAUGAUAGAACUGCUACUGAAGAGUGGCAGCAAGGUGACGCUUCAGACCAUAGCGCUUGAGAACACGUCAAUCAAAGUGGGUCCAGCUCGUAAGAUCAAACACAAAGGCAAGAUGGCUCGUCGCAGCAAGAAGAGCAAGAGGAGAGAUAAUUACGACAGGCGACGAAGCAUCUUGAAGAAGCUGUCCAAGCAGACCACAGUGAUGCACAGCAGUCGCAGCUUCAACUCAGGUCUCCACCACUCAGUUUCCUCCAGCGAGAGUCUCCCAGGCUCCCCGACCCACAGCCUCUCCCCCGGCCCCUCUACACCCUGCCGGAGCCCCGCACCCGACCAUCAGGCCUUUGACAAUAACUCUCCUCAGAGCACAUCUCCUUGCUCCAGCUCUCCCAGUUCCCCCGCUGCACACAUUCGGCCCAGCUCUCUCCACGGCCUGGGCUCCAAACUCAGCACACAGCGCUACACCAAGGUGGGCCGCCGGAAGUCAACCAGCAACAUCCCCCCCUCGCCCCUGGCCUGCAACUCCUCCUCAUCCUCCACCCAACCUCUUUCUCCACAGCGCUCUCCCUCUCCAAUGUCAGGCUUCGCCAAAACCCUUCACGCCUACCACGGCAAAGCCCUGUCCCCGCCCACCAUCGUUAGACACAUUGUCCGGCCCCGCAGCGCCGAGCCACCUCGAUCUCCUCUCCUGAAGAGGGUACAGUCAGCUGAGAAGCUGUCUGGUGUGUAUCAUGCUGAUAAGAAGUCGUACACCCCCCGCAGGCACACGCUGGAAGUACCGUUUUACUGUGAAGGGGACCUGCUGGGUGACUCGGAGGCAGAGGGUGCCUCUGGAGGCUCCCACUUUGGGGCCGAUCUCAGCAGGCUAGGGGGAUACAUCGGCAGCCAGAGGCUGAGGGAUUCUGGGAUUGAACGCUCGGAGCAGCUGGUCGUGAUGCGAAAGCUCAACCUAUCCGAGCGGCGAGACUCCUUUAAGAAACAGGAGGCGGUGCAGGAGGUGAGCUUUGACGAGCCGGAGGAGAAAACCAGCACCCCAGUUACAGAGACCCCCACAGCUCCAGCAGCCCAAACACAUCAGCAGCAUCACAGGACGGCCUGGAUGCUCACUCGACCCCAAACCAGCGUGGAGGUGGAGCCGGAAGUGCCGGUGGUGAGGAGGUUCACACUGGUGCCCCAGAUCGCCGUACAGGGCUCAACGGAGAGCGAGCAGGAUGAGUGGGAGCCGUGUUCAGAUGGAGAGGAAACCAACGAGACACCCGAGCUGGAGGUGGGCAUCACUUCAUCUCAGCCACAACAGGCAGGACGUCCUCUUGGUGACACCAGCUGCAGCCAGGCAGCAGAAACCACCUCCACUGGUCCUCAGGUUGGACCAUCUACAGAGAAGUCUGAGUGCAGAGAGGGAUCUCCACAAAAAGGGCAUCUGAGAAAGUGACAACUCACCACUGCACUCAUUUCAACUGCUCAUGUCUUUUUUUCUUUUAAGUCUUUGAAAGUUGCAAACGCAUUUAAGAAACUUGUCUGGCUGAGAGAGAGUAGGAGAAGAUUUUACUUGAAUUUUCUAGACGUAAAUAUUUGCCUCAAGGCAUUUCAGACAUUGUGGUCUUAUUUAUUACAUUUGUAAACUAUGAUGAGUUAGUAACGGGGGAAAGGGGGAAGUUUGAACAGCCAGGGCUCAACAGUUUUGUAUCCAUGAAAUGUGUAUUUUUUUUUUUUUGUCUUUUGACUGGAUUGUUUUUUGUAUAAAUGUCUAUUUUUUAAAUAAAUUGUCGUAGUACAGAAUA